UGCGUCAUUGCGUGAACUAAAAAAGUUUCGUAGUCGGGCAAACUUGCGCUUAGUUUUUUCUUCACCAAGUAACAAAACACUCUCUCUCUCUGAAAAAUCGAGAAGUUUCUGGGUUUUAAGAGGGUUUUACAGUUUCAGAAGCUGAGAGAAUUUCUAACGAACUGCAGGAAUUUGUACAAUUGAAGCUUGUAAGGUGGAGAAAUGAGAUACUUGUUGCGAUCAAUUUGAACUGUUUAUACAGAGGAGAUUGCCAAACCUUGGCAGGAAUUCGUCGCUGCUACGUGCCGCGGCGGUUGCGGCUUUGGGGUCUGGGGUUUUAUAUGCAAAUGCCGCUUCUGAUUCUAACUCCAGGUUUCAAAUUUCUUUAUUUCUUCCGACAAGAGGUGACUUAUUAUCGGUGCCAUGGCGUGCUCCAUUGGUUUCGUUUGGCCCCUUGAUGCAUGGUAAAGCUACAGCUGUAGGAAAUGAUCCCUUUCCGCUGCAUUUCUCUAGAGUUGCUCCUGAUCCUCCAGCAGAUGCAAAAAAUCAAGUCCCUACUGAUGGAUCCACUCAUUGUUCAAACUGUUUCACUAGAGACACCAUUGCCAAUGCAGCUGCCAAGGUUAGCCCAGCUGUUGUGAAUCUGUCUGUACCGAAGGGAAUCUAUGGAUUGACUUUGGGGAGGAGUAUUGGUUCAGGAACCAUUAUUGAUUCUAAUGGUACUAUUUUAACUUGUGCACAUGUGGUCGUAGACUUUCAAGGGGUGAAAGCUUCAUCAAAAGGGAAUAUUGAGGUGACCAUGCAAGAUGGUAGAACAUUUGAGGGCACAGUGUUGAAUGCGGAUUUACAUUCUGAUAUAGCAAUUGUAAAGGUCAAAACGAAAUCACCACUACCAGCUGCAAAACUUGGCUUGUCAAACAAACUUCGUCCCGGGGACUGGGUUAUAGCAAUGGGCUGCCCUCUUUCCCUCCAAAAUACUGUGACAGCUGGCAUUGUAAGCUGUAUUGACAGAAAAAGCAGUGAUCUAGGUCUUGGUGGAAUGAGAAGGGAAUACUUACAGACUGAUUGUUCCAUUAAUGUUGGAAACUCAGGAGGUCCUCUUGUUAAUAUGGAUGGUGAGGUGGUUGGGGUUAAUAACAUGAAAGUGCUAGCAGCUGAUGGAUUGAGCUUUGCUGUGCCAGUCGACUCUGUCUCUAAAAUCAUAGACCAAUUCAGGAAAAGAGGGAGAGUUGUUCGACCUUGGCUUGGACUCAAGAUGAUUGAUCUCAAUGACAUGAUCAUAUCACAGCUUAAAGAAAGAGAUCCAACUUUUCCUAAUGUAGAUAGAGGGGUGCUUGUCCCAAUGGUUACUCCAGGCUCUCCUGCAGAUCACGCUGGAUUUCGGCCAGGAGAUGUUGUCACUGAGUUCGAUGGAAAACCUGUCGGAAGCAUCAAGGAGAUCAUUGACUUAAUGGACGAUAAAGUGGGGAAGCCACUGAAGGUGGUUGUGAAGAGGGCAAACAAUGCCGUGGCAACCUUAUCCGUGAUACCCGAGGAAGCAAAUCCAGACAUGUAACUCGUGUCGGAGCACACUCAUCAGCCUUUUCCCUCCCUCCACCCCAAACCAAAAAAUUAGAAGCCAAGAAAGAAUGAAUUGUUGUAAACUGUGCUUAUAUUUUCGGUGUUUUCAUUCAACAGUGAUCUUAUUUAUGUAGUUGCGUAGGUGCUUGGUUAUAAUUUCAAUUGCAAAGUCCUUUUCAGCUUUCACUAUAGUACUCGUUUGUAGUUUCACUUGAAUCAUUUCUAGGGGAGAACAUAUCUUUUGUAAAGGUUUCGUAGAAAAUCCAGUCCAACUGUAUAUACUACCAUGAAAUUCAUGUCUA